AUAAAAAACUAAAAGGCCCAAACAUAACAGAAACUCUUCUCCGCCUUUACCUCUUCAAAAUCUUCCUCUGCCUCUCAAAUCUCAAGUUGUUCUUCCACCCUCAAAUCUCAUCAAACCCUUGUAAUAAUCAAAAUCCUCUCUUUCUUUAUCUUUAGAUCUGCUUUUCCUUCUCCUCUGUUAAUUGAUAUAACCUGCAACUUCCAUUCUCAUAUAAGAUCCAUGUAAAACGACAACACAGACCGUCUUCUCCCUCUUUCAUAUUCAAAUAGCUCUCAAAUGGGUCGUUUCUUCACGAUUGGGCUGAUAACAGCUUGGUAUUCUUCAAACAUUGGAGUACUAUUAUUAAAUAAGUACUUGCUUAGCAGCUAUGGGUUCAAGUACCCAAUUUUUCUUACCUUAUGUCAUAUGAUGGCAUGUUCAAUGCUUAGUUAUAUUGCAAUUUCAUGGUUAAAGGUUGUGCCUUUGCAAACUCUUAGGUCGAGAGUGCAGUUCUUGAAGAUAUCUGCACUCGGGGUCGUUUUUUGCUUAUCGGUUGUGACUGGAAAUGUGUCGCUUAAAUAUCUUCCUGUAUCGUUUAAUCAGGCUAUUGGAGCUACGACACCAUUUUUCACUGCCGUUUUUGCUUAUUUGAUGACAUUGAAGAGGGAGGGUUGGGUUACCUACGUCACUCUCAUUCCUGUUGUUACUGGCGUUAUUAUUGCCAGUGGGGGAGAACCAAGUUUUCAUCUCUUUGGAUUUAUAAUGUGCAUUGGUGCAACAGCAGCAAGAGCACUUAAAUCAGUGCUUCAAGGCAUUUUGCUGUCUAAUGAAGGAGAAAAACUGCAUUCCAUGAACCUAUUAAUGUUCAUGGCUCCAGUAGCUGUUGCUUUCCUUCUUCCUGCAGCAAUUUUUAUGGAAAGAGAUGUGGUUGGGAUCACAAUUGCCCUUGCCAGGGAUGAUAUGCGAUUUAUAGUUUAUCUCACCUUCAAUUCUGCUUUAGCAUAUUUUGUCAAUUUGGCUAACUUCUUAGUCACUAAACACACCAGUGCAUUGACACUCCAGGUACUGGGAAAUGCGAAAGGAGCUGUUGCAGUUGUUAUCUCAAUUUUGAUAUUCAGAAAUCCAGUAUCAGUAACUGGGAUGUUUGGAUAUUCUAUAACCGUAAUUGGGGUCAUUCUGUAUAAUGAAGCCAAGAAAAGACAAAAAUGAGGCAUCACAUUCAUAAAUAGAGGUUACUAAUACAGAUUCAAUCUACUUUAUAUUCUCAUAUUUAUCUGGAAAUUUUGGAGUAGCACAAAGCCGCUUUUACAAAUUCAUUUACAGAUGGUAUAGCUCGGCAUUUUUCAAGUUCUUACAGAGUUAUAGUAGGGAACCAUUAAAUAAAGGCAGGGAUUAGAUUUCUGUUGCUUUAUCAGACGGAUCGUUCGUUAAUCAUUUCUUAUUUGGAGGAUUAGCAGAAUAGUUUCAUUGAUUUAUCUCUGUAACCUUGCUAAAUUUUCCCUUUUUUACCUUAUAUACAAUUUUGACUUUUGUGAACUUAUUAUUGAUAGAAAGAAGAGGAGAAUGUUCUAUAGAGAUUCAAUUCCCCUUUUUUCA